AUGUCUUUCCUUGGGCUGCUGCUCUCGCUCCUUCUGCUGACCUCAUCACUGCUGCAGCCAACAUCAUCACACUCGGUGUUGAAAGAUAUUAAAAACCAUGCUGAUAGAGAAAAAAUGCGUAUGGCAGAUGUGAUCCUGUCCUCCCUGAAUGCAUCUACUACCUGCCUGGAGAAGAAGGGGGAUCUCUUUGUGGAUGACUUGAUUUGUCUCCGAAUUCUGCAAGCGUAUGUCAAAGGCGUUACUGAGCCAUGGGCCAGGAACUCCGUGAUGGAGCCAAUAAGCAAAAAGAUGAAGACAUUCUCCCUGAAACUGGAGGAGCUUUUCAACAGAUCCAGUUCUCAUCUGUUCGAGGCUUUAUCUAACAACCUAAGCGAAUUUGAAUGGAUCAUCCAAGCAGAUUUCUGGAAGGUUCCUCAACCUUUGCUCCUUACCCAUGACACAAUGAUUCUUAAUGUUUUAAGCCUCCCAGAACCUCUGAAGGCGAAUAUAAGUGAGGAAUGCAUAGUGAAUCUACUGCAGAGCAGUGGUCACCCCGAAUCUUGCACAUACUCAGACACCUGCAGGUACAUAGUGACCAAGCCUGUCAACACACACGGCCAGAGAAUCUUCCAGCUGAUGUACUUCCUUUUCUCUGAAAUGAUUGGUUGCACAAAUGGGAUGUUUGCAAACACCCAAGACUACAUGAACUUCUUCUGUACCAACUUGAUGGAAGAGAAUAUAGAAAUUGAAAACAGCAAAUACCACAGUUCCUAUCGCGAUCAUUUUUUGGAAACCACCAUGCUGUGUGGAACUGCUGGAUUCUUUGAUUUUUACAAAUCCCACUGGUUUGUGAAUAUCUUCCACUGGCAGAAGGCUACAGACGGAUGCUUCAGCACAGCUUAUGAUUCAUCUCUCCAUGGUACUGCUCUUGCGAGUGCAGUGCUAGGUGGCUUCCUAUAUGCCUUGGAAAAGUACCCACAAGCAUACGGACAUCUACCCGACCUACAGAGACAAUUACCAAGGUUAAAUUUCCCUUGA